AUGAUGCAGACGCGCAUGCUCUCGAAAGAAGACGAGGUCGCUGCUGGUGGCAGCGAGGACAAUGAAGUCCGUCGCGAGGACCAGGAGAAGAUUAACCGGUUCAGUCGGCUGCAUCAGCGGGAGACGGUGCUGGAGGAUUUGUUGAAGGCGAAGCAGAAAGACAAAGAAGAUCUCGAGGAAGUCUCGACGGAACUGGAACUCGCGGAUGAGGAUGAAUUAGUCCCGUACAAAAUCGGCGACUCAUUCUUCCAACUUCCCCUGGAAGAAGCGCAGUCCCUGCUCUCCUCUUCCACGGAGCAGAUCGACACCGAGGUAUCCGGUCUAGAGGAUAAGUUGAGUGAUCUGCGCGAGGAGCUGCAGCAGUUGAAGGUGGCGCUGUAUGCGCGGUUCGGUCGGAGUAUUAACUUGGAGACUUGA